AUGCCACCGCCGUCAACUGACAUAAUAACCCUCUCUUCUCUUCUGCUCACCGCGCAAAUCGGUCACACAACUUGGCAUUCGACCACCACGAAUCUUCGUCCAGAUCCUCAUGCACCGCCAUUCACCACCAACCCGAUCUCUGAUCACGAUAAUCUCCCUCACAAUCACUCGAUAUACGGACCCCCACAACCACUACUCCUAACGGUACAUCUGCACUUGCAUCCCUCGUCGUUAAGUCUAGCGGCAGCAACAGAUGAUCCUAGAUUUUCGGUGCCUACGGAGGCGAUGGCAGAUGAGUUGCUCAGGUUGGGGCUGGAUGCAUGGCCCUUGCAGGGUUUUCUGCGGAAUGUGGGUCAGAAGCGUGGGGAGGCAUUCCUCACGAGCAGUGAUCCGGAGAUGCAAGAAGAGAGUGGUUCGGGGAGAACAGCCGGGGCAGGAAACGGUGACAGUGACAAUAUUCCAGGAAGGUACACGUCUGGAAAGGUGCUGGUGAGGAAAGCCUUGGAAAUCAUCAUCAGGCGGAAUAAAUCCGCUUCUCAAGAAAUCCGUGUCAUUCUCGAGGCUCCGAAAGGACUCUUACGCGGAGGAGGCUCUCUUUUCUCCAAUCCAUCUGGUGGUGACUCGACGAGCAAUGGCAUGGGUUGGGAGAUUUCCGUCUCGCCCGUCUCAUCCGUCAACGUUGGUACAAUUAACCUCGAUCCUUGGGCUGGACAAAUUCAGGAAGACAUCUCCAUCUGGUUCAAAGGUUACGAGAUGAAUAUUCUGUUGGGAUAUACAGAGGAGCAUAUGAAGAGGCGACAGAGGGUCGUAUUGGACGUUUGGUUUGUGGAGGAGACCGGAGUCAUCGUUGAAGUGGACUAUGGAGAGAUUCUGGAAGCCACAGUCAAGGAACUCGAAUCAACGAACUUUCAUACUCUCGAACGGCUCGUUCAAGACGGGAUUUCCAUCGCUUGUACCUGUCUGCCGACCUGCGAGGCCAUCCGUGAAGUCACCAUGCGAGCAAGGGCUCCACAUUCUUAUGCGUUCGCCGACUCAAUUGGUGUGCAAAUGACGCGGCCAAGGAGCACAUUUGUCAGGACACAGUCCCCGCCUCAGCAGCAUCAGACGACGGGAGCGAUUACCGGUGCUCAAACUCAGGUGGCGCCCAUGGUCACUUCGUAGAGGAUCAGAUGUUUGAGGAUGGCUUGGAAGUGCUUAUAGAUCAGGUGAAGGAGGUCAUGAAUGCAGAGAUUCAAUCUGGGUACAAUGGGCGGUUCAUCGGGAGUAUGGGAGGUAUCGUGAAGUAGUCAGGCAUCACUGUGUCUUGCCCUUUUGUCUUCGUGCAUGUGGUCAACCCGGACUUACACGCGCCGUUGUCUCAUAUGCUCUCUCCGUGAGUGUGGGUAUUCUGACCGGGGGAGACCACAGACUACGAGCUGAAUACGAGCUACUCAAGCU